GCAUAACAUGAUCCCCAUCUUUCUGAGCGGACGCAUAACGCGACAGAUGGUUUCACUACGCUUUCCCCUUCUGUUCUGACCGAAACUGCUGUUGUUUAAGAAAAAAAUCUCCCCGUUGUUGCUGGUUUUGGGUUUUUUUGGAUGCGCCAUGCAAUCUCGUUGGUGGAGUUGUGGCAUUCGGUUGGUGACAUGGACAUGGGUUUGGAGCCUGGCAUUGCUUGGAGCGUGGUGCAUUCCCGCAAACGAAGUAAACCUGCUGGAUUCCCGCUCUGUGAUGGGAGACCUGGGAUGGGUAGCCUACCCUAAGAAUGGGUGGGAGGAGAUUGGGGAAGUAGACGAGAACUAUGCUCCCAUCCACACCUACCAAGUAUGCCGUGUGAUGGAGCAAAAUCAGAACAACUGGCUCCACACCAACUGGAUCCUGACUGAGGGUGCCCAGCGGGUAUUUAUUGAGCUCAAGUUCACCCUGAGAGACUGCAACAGCCUGCCAGGGGGUGUCGGGACCUGCAAGGAGACUUUUAAUAUGUAUUACUAUGAAACAGAUGGGGACGAAGAAGAGAUGGAGGAAGGAGAGAUGAGAGAUGGUACCGGGAUGACAGAAGAGGAAGACAGGGCAAUGAAGGAGAGCAGGUACAUCAAAAUUGAUACCAUAGCAGCUGAUGAGAGCUUCACUGAGCUGGACCUUGGGGAUCGUGUGAUGAAGCUUAACACUGAAGUCCGCGAUUUAGGUCCUCUGACCCGGAAAGGCUUCUACUUGGCAUUUCAGGAUUUAGGGGCCUGCAUUGCUUUAGUCUCAGUGAGGGUUUUCUACAAACGCUGCCCAUUCUUGGUGAAGAGCUUGGCUGAGUUCCCUGACACAAUCCCAGGCUCAGAAGCCUCACAGCUGGUAGAGGUAGUGGGCCGCUGUGUCAAUAACUCCCUGCCUUUAUACGAGCCUCCCAGGAUGCAUUGCAGCACAGAGGGAGAGUGGCUGGUGCCCAUUGGGAAGUGUGUUUGCCAGCCGGGAUUUGAGGAAAUCAACGGAUCUUGUCAAGUCUGCAAAGUGGGGUUUUACCGCUCGCUGCUGGAGUCUUUGGCCUGUAGUAAAUGUCCACCUCACAGUGUGGCCAGACAGAUGGGAGCCACUGCUUGCAGCUGUGAAGACGGAUACUUUAAGCUAGACUCUGACCCUUCUAAUAUGGCGUGCACACGCCCUCCAUCUGCUCCUCGUAAUGCUAUUUCUAAUGUCAAUGAGACCAGCGUCUUCUUGGAGUGGUCCAUUCCUAUGGAUACAGGUGGCAGGAAGGAUGUGCGCUAUAACGUCAUCUGUAGACAGGUCCUGCCAGACGGAAGGGGCUUGGAAGAGUGCGGUCCCAAUGUACGUUUUCUGCCACGCCGCACUGGCCUGUCGAACACCUCAGUGAUGGUGGCUGACCUGCAGUCACACACCAACUACAGCUUCUUAUUGGAAGCCGUCAACGGAGUGUCAGACCUAGCCAAAGGCCAUGCAAAGCAGUAUGUGUCACUUAAUGUGACAACCAAUCAGGCAGCACCGUCCCCUGUGAGUGUGGUGAGGAAAGGUCAUACAGGGAAGAGCAGCAUUGCCCUUUCUUGGGCAGAGCCUGAUCGUCCCAACGGCAUCAUCCUAGAGUAUGAGAUCAAGUAUUUUGAAAAGGAACAGGACUCCAGUUACACAAUAAUAAAAUCCAAGGACACUGAAAUGGUGGUGGAAGGCCUGAAGCCCUCUUCAGCUUACAUCUUCCAGGUACGAGCCAGGACCUCAGCAGGCUAUGGUGCAUUUAGCCGGCGCUUUGAAUUCCAGACCAGCCCUUACUUAACUGCUACUAGUGAGCGUGCUCAAGCUUCGAUAGUAGCGGUGGCCAUCACACUGGCUCUGGUCCUGCUGGCAGUGGUUGCUGGAUUCCUGCUCAGUGGGCGGCGCUGUGGCUAUAGCAAAGCAAAGCAAGAUCCCGAAGAGGAAAAGAUGCACUUCCACAAUGGCCACAUAAAAUUUCCAGGGGUGCGUACUUAUAUCGAUCCCCUCACCUAUGAAGAUCCCAACCAGGCAGUCCAUGAAUUUGCCCAGGAGAUUGACGUUUCAUACAUCUCCAUUGAAAGGAUCAUUGGUGCUGGGGAAUUUGGUGAAGUGUGCAGUGGACCGCUGAGGCUGCCCGGGAAACGAGAGAUCCAGGUUGCCAUUAAGACCUUGAAAGCAGGCUACACAGAGCAGCAGAGACGUGACUUUCUUUGGGAGGCGUCAAUCAUGGGCCAGUUUAACCACCCAAACAUCAUCCGUCUGGAGGGUGUGGUUACUAAGAGCAAGCCGGUGAUGAUCAUCACAGAAUACAUGGAGAAUGGCUCAUUGGACACUUUUCUCAAGAAAAAUGAUGGCCAGUUUACUGUAAUCCAGCUGGUUGGUAUGCUGCGUGGGAUUGCAUCUGGCAUGAGAUACCUGUCUGACAUGGGCUAUGUCCACCGAGAUCUAGCGGCUCGUAACAUCCUGGUCAACAGUAACCUUGUGUGUAAAGUGUCUGAUUUUGGUCUAUCCCGAGUCCUGGAAGAUGAUCCGGAGGCUGCAUAUACCACACGGGGCGGAAAGAUUCCCAUUCGCUGGACGGCUCCAGAAGCAAUUGCAUACAGGAAGUUCACCUCGGCUAGUGAUGUGUGGAGUUAUGGGAUUGUCAUGUGGGAAGUGAUGUCAUACGGAGAGAGGCCCUACUGGGAGAUGUCCAAUCAAGACGUAAUAAAAGCAGUGGAGGAAAGCUAUAGGUUGCCAGGUCCUAUGGACUGUCCUGAGGCCCUGUACCAUCUUAUGAUGGACUGCUGGCAGCGAGAACGCAGCAACCGUCCCAAGUUUGAUGAGAUUGUUUGCCUGCUAGACAAAUUCAUUCGGAACCCCAGCUCGUUAAAAAAGCUUGUCAACUCCUCACACAGAGUUUCCAACCUGUUAGUGGAGCAUGCCAGCGUAGAAGGGAACUGUAGCACUCGAAGCCAGACUGUAGGAGAGUGGCUUGACUCCAUCAAGAUGGGACGUUACACUGAACUGUUUAUGGAAGGAGGUUACUCUUCACUGGAAACAGUGGCUCAGAUGACAUCAGAGGGGUCUAAUAAAUUUGGGAUUUGCGAAGAGUAGGAGUGAACUUGGCUGGACACCAGAAAAAAAUUAUUACUAGCAUUCAGGAGAUGAGGGUCCAUAUGAACAGCACCAACUCUACUGUAAACAUAUGAUGUGAAAUACAAACAUACAGACACAUGCACACUCGUACACGCGCACACAAACACAGAAAUACAAUAUAUGGACCUACUAUGUACUGGACCUAGAGUGGCUUAGCACUUUCUGUGGACGAGGAUACCCAGUGUUCUACCGAUCUAAACUGGAGGAUCCACAUUUUGUUGGUUCCUGUGUGUGGAGUUUGCGUUGGUGUCAUUGGGAAUAUUGGAUAUUGCAGCACUAAAACCAAACUGAACUGGACUGAGUGGUGCUACUUGGAGGGAUGAUGAUGGUGAGCUAAAUAUGAACUUAAGUAAUGGUUUUACUUUAAUUAUUCAAUUAUAUGACUCUGGGGAUCCUCUUGGCACUGUUUUGGAUUCCUAAAACACAGACAGCAGAUCUAACUCUGAGAGCAACCAUAAAGUUUUUGGCUGUAUCACAGAUGUGAGUUUAUACACUGGGCUCGAAGGGAACUUUUUCAACCUGUCUCAGGUGAGCUGAGCCCCGUGGAACAACAAAAGUACUUGCUGAUUCUUUGGCAACUUUUCUCCAUCGAGAUUACCGUUCCAUCAGGUUUCACUGAAUUCAUUUCCAUAUAUUGAACCAUUAUCAUUAUUUAAAUUAAUGUCAAUAUUUGCUUUGACAUGCUGAUGUGCUUGUGGUUUUGAUUUUUACCUGUUUCGACCACAUCUUCAUGUGCAAAACUGAAGCUAAAAUCUAUUUUAAUCAUCCAUAUUCAUAUUCACUGUCAUUUACUUAAUUAUCUUCCAAAGCAAUGAAAGACAAGAAUAGAUACUUGACCUUUGCUGUUUUAAAAUACUAGAUCUUAAGAAUGGUUCUUACAGAGCCUAAAAAAGAGAAGUGAAAACAAACAAAUAAAGACAUGAGGAUUUACACUUAAAUAUACUCUCUACAGCUGUUCUUCUGGGUGAAUGUAUAGCACUGCUACAAUGUGGCAAUAAAACCAUUCUAGUCCUUAAAACCAGCUUCUGAAUGAGGCCACUGAUUGUAUGUUAUUCAGCUGGCUUUGCUCUGUGUGUAAGACCUUUCACUUUCAGUGAAGUUACUACAAAGCAAUGCAUAUUUUAAUUGUAAACUGUUCUAUUAACUGAAAAAUUCACACAUAUUUUAGUGAAAUAUUCACUCAGAUUGCAGGCAAGCAGCACAUGGAACACUGAAAUCGCUUAAAAACCUUCACUUCAAAGUCUAGGAGAAGAUUUUGCUGAGAUUCAAAAGAAGCAUUUGCUUAUUCAUGAGUAAAUCUUUCAUCCAGAUUCCAAAUAACCUUAAGGCAGGAUCCACACUGGAACUGGACAUUUUUAAUUUGACAUCCAUUCAUCGAUCGCGCAUUUUCAAAUUAAAACUUCACUUCAUGUUUAAAUGUGGUUCCAGUAGAAUACAACUGGAACAAACUGACACUCGUCAAAGGUUCAUUCAAUCCUGAUGGAACAUUUGUUCAUGUAAUAAUGGAACUGCCAUUCAGAUUCUCAUGGAAGGGAUCACAAAGAUUCUAACAAGACUGUUUACUGGUAUUCUAAUGGAACAUUUUCCUCAGAUUUUAAGGGAACUUCUACAAGGAUUUCAAUGCAGCCUUCUGUCAAGAGUGCACUCGGAUCUUCAUCAAGCCUUCACUUAGAACCAACAAACUUCAGGUACCGCAGAAACCCAUCAGCAAUCUGUUCAGUUUACCAUGCCGCGGAGAAUCUCUCACACGCAUGUCUGCAACACCACAAUAAACCUCACUCUAACAGGACUGCUGAAAAUAAGGAGGCAAUAUUCAUCUACUUGAUAAUCGUUUAUUUAUUUCUACUUGUUUGAAAAAAGAGCAAAAGUUAUGUGGACAGUUUGUGUUUUAUAAUAAUACUCUCUCUUGGACUACUGAGCAGCUUUGCCUACAUGUCUUUCAUGUAUAUAAUGUAUUAUAUAUUUAAAGCAGGGAGCAUUGUUCUUCUGUCUGCUAUCAUGUGGACAAGUGGAUAUUGACCAGUCAUCUCAGAGUAGAACACAUUAGUAAAUAGUGACAGAUAUUCUGAAUCGGCAUUUCUGCUACAUAGACCUGGGCCGCUAUCAAGUGGGGGCAACCAGCACACCUGUCCUCAGAUAAGGGUCCCCAGAAGGGUAUGCAAAAGAGCAAAUAUUUAUCUUAUGUUGUUGGUGAUUGUGUUUCAUUUUACAUUUUUUUUUGGUGCAAGACCUAGAAAUAUUUUUCAGUGGCCCUAAAUGAGAGCAGCAAGAAAAGCUUUGUUGACACUAGAAGUAGGUGAGAAUUAUGAACAGGGACUGAUGAAUUUCUGGUGUAUUGUAUGGUAUAAACAUAUACAACGAUGUCAAUGAUCAAGCCCUUGCUUUACUUCUCUUUGGUAUGGUAUGUUAUACGUAGAUUGCUACUCAGUGCUUUAUUGCUAAAACUUGACCUUUUUUCACUGCAUUGUUCACCUAAAGAGAAGCUACGUUCUCACAUUAUAUCUGUGCUCUCUGCAGAUAACAUGCUUAUAUUUGUCUCAGUUAGUGUACUGCUAGUGUUGGGGUAUACAGAUGGAAAUGCAAUGAGAUUGUAGAAGUAGGUUUUUUUUUUUUGUUUUUAAGAGGUGUUAUCACCUGACUGUAUGAAAGGUAUAGAAAAGCACACAAGAAGAAUGUAAAGGUUUUAAAGGGGCAUUUCACUUUUUCAAAGAACAUGCUUUCACUUUGAAACACUCAGACCCCCCACAGAGUUCAAGAUGAGUAAAAGGGAUAAGUCCUUAAUGGUGGUAAGGACCCUCUUAGGUAAUGGCAUUUAAGCUUUUCCACCUGCUGUCAAGAUCAAACUUCUUGACUGCUUUCAUAAAAGAUUGUAAAGUGGGGAAUGGUCACAGGUUAAUAUUCUAUAUUAUUAUGUGUUUCUGAAAGUCAUAGUGUUCUAACAGAGUGAAAGUCUGGUACAAGAUAAAUAUCUGCACAGCCUCUUUAGUCUAUAUACUUGGCUUGUACAUUGAUAAACUAUGUUGCUAUGUUGCAUUUUUAUUAUUGGGGAACUGUAUGCAUUUAGCGAUGUUAUUAUUUUUUUUAUGAGAAGCAUUUAACAGCAGGCAACAUUUGGCAGUAAAACUUGCAUCCAUGCUUAUGUAGAUUAUUGUGGCUGUGCAGGUAUUUAAUUCAGCAGGGGAAGGCAUCAGUAACAUGGUGCAAAAUAUAAGGCAUGUACUGUACAGCGAAAGCAGUUGUGUUGGGCAGUUUUUAUUUACGACCCAGGGUGUUAUAAGGCUUCCUCAGUCUCACGAAUACUGCUUUUAGUUUGGGUUUCGCAGUGUUUUGACCCUUCCUAGUUGUCAUGUUAUUGGCUUUUUACAACCACCCUUUCAGCUUACUGUAACUUUCAAACUAAAAUCUAUGCUUGGGGCAUGAAAAAUUAGUGAAUACGACACCCUUAUAAGUGCCUCUCAUCUUUUGAGCACCGUUAUUUACUCCCCUGCCAAAAUGCUAUCCCCCAGCUGUUUAACUUUCUAUACAUGUUUGCCAACAACGUCUACAGGCAAUAAGAAGAAUGUCAGAUAAUAUGCUUGUUGGAACUAAUUUAAUUUGCACUUUAUGAGAAUUCUGUUGCCCUUUGUUUGACUAAAAUAUCGAUAGGUGACUGACAUGUUACUGUCAGCAAGUGUAUCCUUAUUAUUUCCUAUUUAAUUAUUAGAAUUACUGUGUUCCCUUCAUACUCCCAUUGGUCCCCAUGGCGUAAUUUUUUUUUACAGUUAAGCACAAGAAUUAAUAAUAUUUGUAAUACAAAUCAAAGUUAUAUGAGCAUCAUUGAUGUAGAGCACCAUAUUUUCUAGUGUAUGGCACAACAAUACACUUUCAUGAUGUAAACACAGGGUUUGACAGGCAUCUUUUAGAAUAAAGGUGAAUUAUUGGCUUUUUAACAAGAAGUCAACAGAGCACUAAUCCUUGAUGUCAAGGCCUCAGCAUCACCACUGUUAAUUCCAAAAGUGUGAGAACAGGUAUUGAGUUCUUGGCAUUGCAAACCAUAGUAAAUAUACAGUCAAGCUAACUAUAUGCUCUGCUCAAAAUAUUAAAUCAUCAAUUCAGCACUUUUUCCAAUAGCAUGACUUUAUCUUUUGCUCACAUUUAGCCAAGAAAAAAAAAAGAAAGCACAACAAACCAGCAAAUACUAAAGAUUUAUGUGGUUUUACUCUUCAGUAACUGUCAGCUGAAACUCCGUCAGCCAUGCAGUGUUUAUGCAGGAGACAAAAUUGUUGCGUCAAAUUACAUAAGACAACCGGUCUUAUGUAACAUCUUUGUUGUUUGAGUUUCAGAAGAGGUAAUCUAAGUUAGUCACACUGGUCCAGGCAGAAAUGUCCAUUAGAAGUUGUUGCACUCAUACAUGAGUUUUUGGGGGGGUUAUUCCAAAAUUACAGCACCGCAUAAACCAGUAGAUACCAGUUUGACUGGAUUCUAUGAAAGACCCAAAAGCAAUAUGUGACCUGACAUUAUUUGCAAAAAUAAUUUUUGCAUACACAAAUGCAUGGGAAUGUAACAACAACAAAAGGUUGCACUAACUGAUUAAGUUUUUGGGGGGUGGGGGGGGGGGGGGUUGUCAGACGUGAACAUACUGAAAAUAGGUUUAGGAGUCCUUGAAAGUGAGUUGAAUUGUAUCAGGGCCCACAGUUCUAGCAUUCUUCCAUUACUACUAUUAAUAUUAAUAUUACUACUAUUUUUGAUUAGUCGUUUCAGCAUUUCUUAUACUUUGGAGCAACUGUGCAAAUAAAGUCAAAGACUUUGUACAACUUAUUUUUGGUUUAAAGGAUGUGCGGAAUAAGCUUGAACUUAUUCCACUUCUUUAGUGGGCAGCUUCAUCUUAGCAACAGCUGAUGAGGUGCAUAGGAUUUGUAUUUUGUGCCAUAUAGAAAACCACACUGACGGGGGAAAAAUGUCUCUUAAAGACUAAUGUGGGUCAAUAAAAUUACAAUUGUAAUUCGAGACCACAGCAUUUGCCUGUUGAGUAACAUUUUUGAGAAAAAGCAAUUCUUCAAAUGCAUAUUUGCAGUGGGACAAACACUGUUUCCAACGGCACUGUCUACUUGCAUUUGUGUUUUUAACUUCUCAGGAAGUGGAAAAUAGGUACAUUUAUUUGAUUAUCACGUAUUUGAUCUUAGAAAUUAUGUGCAGCUUUCACAAAGUGUUAACAUACAAAACAAGUAUGUGAUUAAUCAAUUGUCCCCAGCUCAAAUGUAAUUAUUUUAUCAGUUCACACAUACAGUUUUAAGCGACUGAGUAACAAAUUCAUUGUGAUUUAUUGAAAGCACAGUAAAAAUACUCAGCUACUGAUGUGCUAUUGGUUUGUUUUUGAGACUGUCAUGUAUUAUGUUUGUGUUGAUGUUUUUGUAGUGUGUUAUCAAAUCUAUAUUUUUGCAAUAAAACAUGAGUAAAAUCAA